UCCCCGAUGCGGCCACCGACAGCAAGCUAGAACGUUCCGGUUGGUGCAGGAAACUGUGGCUAAUGUCGAGCCCCGUGUUGGUCGUUCUCAUCGCUGUGCUAUUUUCAUAUUUUGCAAUAAGAUUCACUCUUACCAGCCAGAUCCAAAUGCUACAAGCACGUGUACUCGAGCUGGAAAGUUUCAAGACAGGGCUAGUCGGGCCUCCAAUACCACCUGGGCCUCCGGGAGAAAGGGUAGCCAUGGGGCCAGCUGUCCCAGGGCCUGUAGGAGCACCUGGACCGGCCGGGCCACCUGGACCUCCCGGAGAAAAGGGAGCAGUAGGGCCAGGUGGCCCUGGGUCUGCCGGGCCUCGCGGGCCACCUGGGUCUGCCGGGCCUCCUGGACCUCCGGGAGAAAAGGGAGCCACGGGGCCAGCUGGCACUGGGUUUGCCGGGCCUCCCGGGCCACGUGGGCCUCCUGGAGAACAGGGAGCCACGGGGCCAGCUGGCACUGGGUCUGCCGGGCGUCCUGGGCCACCUGGACCUCCGGGAGAAAAGGGAGCCAUGGGGCCAGCUGGCCCUAGGUCUGCCGGGCGUCCCGGGCCUCCUGGAGAAAAGGGAGCCAUGGGGCCAGCUGGUCCUAGGUCUGCCGGGCGUCCCGGGCCACCUGGGCCUCCAGGAGAAAAGGGAGCCAUGGGGCCAGCCGGAAUGUCAAACUGUCCGAACCUCGCCGGACCCUCUCAACACAUCAUCGACAGUUCCCAGUCAAACGCAGUUUUCUGUCCAGAAGGUCACCGAAUGUGGCGUGGCACCUGCUACAGUUUCUUCCACGACGUCCACAAGACCUUCAACGAUGCGGCCGCGACUUGUCGUCGAGAUGGGGGCACCCUCGCCAUGCCCCGAGACGCCGAGACCAACGAUUACCUGGCCGCCUCAAUGAGCAAGUGGAAGGGCAGAUACGGGAACGAUGCCUUCUGGUUCGGCCUGCAUGAUCUGCGCAGAAGGGGAAGCUUCGAGUGGAUGGAUGGUUCUGCACUUGGGUCGUACAACUCGUGGGCCCCUGGAAAACCGGGUGACAAGCUAGGGAAUUGCGUUGCCUAUUCCCCAACUGAGAGAGACCAAUGGUUAGACAAGCCAUGUGCCCUCCGCUGUCAUUUCAUCUGCCAAGCCGCUCCAACGCGAGGAUAAACGGCAAACCGGAUUCCCGCCACCACUGCUCAUCGGUUCUCCGUCAUCCACUGUAAAACAACUAACAUAACAACAACAACUGGGCAGCUGCAGUUUCGUCAGCGGACACUAGGAAGCAGUUCUCUCCAUAGCAUUUGUUAUCAUCGAGCUUGUCGGGCGAGGAUCUGAAAAACAUUGAUAGGCCAUGCUAAUGCGACUAUAUGGAUGACAUUCUCUGGGAACCCCAAAACUGUUGCGAGCGUGCGAAUAAAAAUGGCCCAAAUCUGUGGAUAUGGGAAGGUUGACACACAGAGUAUGGUAAACAGAACAAUGGAAUUUUCAUUUUUGUUCUUUUGUUCUCUUUUUUUUUAAACAUCCUCCUUUUUGACUUUGGGGUAGGCUUUGGCACUCUCUGAUAUA